AUGUCGGCAAGCACGCACAUUCACCCCCGAGCUUAUAAGGCGUGUCUAGCGUGCCGACAGCGGAAAUCCCGCUGUGAACUUGGCGUCGGAUGGAAGCCCGGAGAAGCCUGUAAACGAUGCCACAGGCAAAUGAGGGCAUGCGUCUUUCCUACCGACCGAGCUGCAGUGACGAACCGUUCCGCAUCCUCCGAUAUAUCCCGUGACUCCCAGACCGCCAACGCCACAUCAUCCGCGCCUUCAGCAGACUCAUCGAGACAGCUAUCGUCGGCUUCGUGGUCGGCAGCGGCGUCGAGAGAAUCCGCUGCUUCUAUAGCGCCGCCGGAUGGCCUGGCUGGGCCCGUCAUGCGUACCAUGAUUUCGAACAGCGAUGAUGCCCUUGAAGUCUUGUUCGAUCCGGUGCAACACGGAUCCUCUCCGACCGUGUCAAGUGUAUCCACAAAUCCAGCGCCACUCGCCCAGAAUCCUCAGAACUCCCGUGCUGGCCACAGGAUAUGGAAUGCUUGUCGAUUCGUAAAGCAGGGAUGGCUGACCGCUGGCGAAGCCGUCUUCUUUGUUGACAAAUUCUUUGCAAACUUGCAGAUUUUAACUCCAAUUCUGACUGACUUCUAUGGGGAACAUGAAAAUCAUCAAUCUUUGAUCUCGUCUGAGCCAUUGCUCUGCUGUACCAUACUAGGCAUCUCUGCUCGACAUCAUGCCCUCCCAUGUGUAGGAGGGGCAAUGAGAAGCUUCUAUAUCCAUGAGCGACUGUGGACUCACAUCCAGCACCUAUUACUACGCGUGCUGCUCGGUCAAGAAAAGAACUCAUAUGGCAAAACACGCUCGGUGGGUACCAUUGAGGCUUUACUACUACUUGCUGAGUGGCAUCCUCGGGCUUUGUCGGUCCCACCACCAAUCGAUGGGUGGGACUCGGAUCUUCUCGUCCAUUGGCCUGAAGAUGCCAACCACCAGCAAAAUGACGAGAGCAACGAGGCUCGGGAUAGGUGGCUAGAAGAUGUCAUCAUUCCAGCCAAACGAUGUGGGCACAUGUCUUGGAUGUUGAUCAAUUGUGCCCUCUCCCUGUCCCUUGAACUAGAACUGUUCGAUGAGAACGAUAUUCCUGAUGCCGAUGCUGUUGACGUAGCAAGGCGGCUUAGGAUACAGACACUGCUUUAUGUCUACACUGAACAAGUAGCAUUACAACACGGGCGACAGACGACACUCCCACAAGGGGUCAUCCGACAAGUCCCUCGGCUGAUUACAAGUACAGUCGAUCAUGAGGUUGAGUAUUCGGUGCUCAAGCCGUGGCUCGAAAUCACAAAGCUUACGAGACUCGUAAUGGAGACCAUGUAUCCAUCUUCUGCGCAUACCGCACAACUUUUACAUAACGGUCGCUACAUGAACCUGAUAGAUCAUUUUCAGCCAAUGCUAAAGACAUGGGAAGAUAACUAUUUGCACAAGGCUGACCUGGUCUCUGAUGUUCAUGGAGUCUUACUCUGUAUUGAAUAUAACAGCACGAGGCUAUAUUGCUACUCUAUAGGAUUACAGGGCAUUAUUGAGCGAAGCGCAGUGCAACACGGGGGACACAGACAAGGCAGCCAAAGUAUCACCAGUCAGGUACUGGAUCAAUCUGACUACCAGCUAAUCACUGAGGUCGUCAGAUGCAGUUGUGAAGUUCUCAAGGCCGCUUUGAAACUGGAGGAACAGCACAUUCUACAGCAUGUUCCGACUCGUGUUAUGAUGCGCGUCAUCUCAGGUUCAAUAUUUCUCAUGAAGAGUCUGGGAGUAGGAGUCGAAGCAUCUACUUUGAACGCAUCGCUGGAGUUACUCCAAAAGGCCAUCGGAGCCUUCAGAUCGAACGCAGUUGAUGAAAUGCAACUCGGAUUCCGAUAUGCCGCCUUGCUAGAACUACACCUCAGCAGGUUACAGAGCAGUUUUGUGCCAUCGGCGCAUCCGGGCUGUAUUCCCUUUUCUACCGGUAUUCAAGAUCCGACUGCCAUGGAUCACGGGGACGUGCAGCAAGUUCAAACAUGGUUCAGUCUCCCUGCUGAUGCAACAUUUGCAAUGGCCGAAAUGGGAGAAAUACAGGGGUUCCCGAAUUUCGAUGAUGGGUCUCUGGACUUUGUAUGGAAUCUGGAGUUUCCUGAUCAGCUAUGA